UUCUUUUUUUUUUUUUUUUGCCUUCUGUAGAGAAGCCACGGCGAUGAAAGUCCUCAUAAAAUAACAACAAAACGCUAUCGUAAAUAUUGGCCCACGCAAAUGAAUAUAUACAGCAAGUUACAAGGACGAAUUUGUUAAACAAUUACAAAAUAAGUUUAUUGAUUUGAAAUUUGAAGUAAACAUGAAUGAUAAUCUAUAACAUAAUGGGAGGAAGUAUAUUUGAAAUACUUCCAUUGUACCAGCAAAAUGGAAAUGGUAGAGAAAUUUGUCAUUGGAUAACACAUAUCAAAUUAUCUAGAAUUAUAAUAUUAACAUCAGCCGUUUUGUUCAUUGUACCAUUAUUUACUCAUUAUUAUUUAUCAAAGGUGGAGUCUGAUUCUCCAGACAAAGAUAUUUAUCGUACAUUUUCCACAUUGGAAGCUUUUGAAGAUUUUACUCCAAUGAAAGCUUCUCAAUUGAAGAUGAGAAUAGAGGAGAUGUUGCGUAUUAAAGUUUCUGUAAAUAAUGAACUAAGGGACUUGAGUGCAAAAAGACAAAGACUUCAAGUUGAAGUUAGUAGUUUAACUCAAAAAAUUGAUGAAUUAAAGCAGGAAUUAUUACAUCAACAGACAGACCUUGACAGAUUAAAAAUCAGUGUUGAACAAGCACAAGUAGCUCAGAGAGAAGCAGUAGAAAGAAAUACACCAGAGUUAGCACCACCUAAGCGUAUAUUAGUGGAUUCUGUUCCUAUAGUAUUACCUAGUACAGUUCCACAUUCAUGUAGAAUGUAUAAUUGUUUCGAUCACAGUCGGUGUGCAUUAACUAGCGGUUUUCCAGUAUAUUUGUAUGACCCUGAUCAGUAUUCUGUGGUAAAUUCUGGUUGGGAUGUUGAUGGAUUUUUAAAAACUACGAUAAAACAAACAUUAGGAUACAAUCCACAUCUUACUACAAAUGCAGUCGAAGCCUGUAUAUAUAUAGUACUCAUAGGGGAAGCUCUCUCUACUCAACAAAAAGUAGAUAAAAAAUUUCAUAAACCUAUAGAUGUAAAAAAAUUACAUGCGCUACCCUAUUGGGGCGGAGAUGGCAGAAAUCAUAUUUUGCUAAACUUAGCGCGUAGAGAUUUAUCUGUAGAAUCGGGUGAUAUUUUUAGUGGAGUAGAUACAGGAAGAGCUAUAAUAGUGCAAUCAACAUUUUUUAGAAAUCAAUUUCGCGAAGGUUUUGAUUUGGUUGUCCCGCCGAUUUUGGGACCUCCCGGUGGCGAUGUGUGGCAAGAAUGUGCGCAAAUGUUGCCAGCAAGAAGAAAAUAUUUAUUAUCUUUCCAAGGAGAGAUGCGAUCUCCGAGAUCGACUAUCGUGACACAUCAUAUUGAUGAUACGGAUGUAGAUAUGGAGAGGCUAACAGUCGACGAGAAUAAUUUGGAUGAUUUUAUUAUUCAACAUCUUAAAGAUAUGAGUACAGGACUAACGUUAGAUAAAUUUUUCAUUCAAUUUGAAUGUAUACCAGCUUCUGAGGAGAAAAAUUUAAUAGAAAUAUUUGACUGGUCUCUGUGUGGAACCGAUUCAUCGAGAAAAGCUAUAUUGAAGGAAUCCACGUUUACUUUAAUUUUAGCUCCUAGCAAUGCCUCACUUGUAACUACUUCAUCCAUGCAAGCUAGAUUAUACGAAGCGUUGCGAUCAGGAUCCAUUCCAGUUUUUUUAGGUGGCGAUCAAAUUUUAUUAAGUUACAGUGAAGUUAUUAGUUGGCGUCGAGCUGCCAUAUUUUUGCCAAAGGCCAGAGUAACAGAAAUGCAUUUUCUAUUACGCGCCGUUCUCGAUACUGAUCUUUUAAGUAUGCGUAGACAAGGCAGAUUAAUAUGGGAACGUUAUUUAAGUACUGCUCAAGGUGCGGUAGAUACUAUUGUAGCUGUAAUUAGAGAUCGACUCGGUAUACCACCUUUGCCAGCACCUCAGACUGCCAGUCCAAGUGUCUUUAAUGAAAGCUUUGUGCCUUUAAAAUCUGAUACUAUUAUUGCUGAGCCAGAAGCGGAAGAAAGUUUGGGUCCGUUAGAGCCACCUUAUCCAUCUCCUUCUUUUAAAAGAAAUUAUACCACAAUGUUACUUCAGGGACAUGAAAUCUGGAACGAUUGGGUGGAUCCGUUUUAUUUGUACCCGCAAUUACCUUUUGAUACCAUUCUUCCCAGUGACGCGAAAUUUCUUGGUUCGGAAAUGGGGUUCAGACCAAUUGGCAAAGGUGCUGGAGGUGCGGGUAAAGAAUUUAGCGAAGCUUUAGGUGGAAAUUAUCCAAGAGAACAGUUUACAAUUGUGAUGUUAACGUAUGAACGAGAGCAAGUUCUUAUAAAUUCUUUGGCUCGAUUGUAUGGAUUACCGUAUUUAAAUAAAGUUAUAGUAGUAUGGAACAGCCCAAAGCCACCCAUGGAAGAUUUAAAAUGGCCUGAUAUUGGAGUACCAAUUCAUGUAAUCAAGGCUCCACGGAAUAGUUUAAAUAACAGGUUUCUCCCAUUUGAUGCUAUAGAAACAGAAGCUGUUCUUUCAGUAGACGACGAUGCCCACUUACGACACGAUGAAAUUAUGUUUGGAUUCAGAGUAUGGAGAGAGCACAGAGAUCGUGUGGUUGGAUUUCCCGGACGCUUUCACGCAUGGGACCAGAAUUAUCAUAAUGCUUGGAAUUAUAAUUCUAAUUAUUCCUGCGAGUUAUCAAUGGUUUUAACUGGUGCUGCGUUCAUUCAUAAACAUUACACAUAUUUAUAUACGCAUUGGCUACCGCAAGCAAUACGGGACAAGGUUGACGAAUAUAUGAAUUGCGAAGAUAUUGCCAUGAAUUUUCUGAUAUCUCAUCUCACAAGGAAACCACCUGUUAAGGUUACAUCACGGUGGACUUUCAGAUGUCCUGGAUGUCCGGUUUCUCUUUCGGAAGACGACACUCAUUUUCAAGAAAGGCACAAAUGCAUCAAUUUCUUCUCUCAGGUUUUUGGAUACAUGCCUCUCUUAAAUACUCAAUAUCGAGCUGACUCUAUACUGUUCAAAACGAGAAUUCCACAUGAUAAGCAAAAAUGUUUUAAAUUUAUAUAAAAAGAGAAUAGAAAUAUAUAUACAUUCAGUAAAUAUCACUUGAUAGAAUUUACAUGGUUUUGAUAACAUUUUGACUGAAUUUCCUACAAAGUAUAUGAGCAUAUAAAAUAAAUAUUGUAGGAUUUUUUAUUGUACCUUUUUUUAUUAAUGUACACAUUGAUUGAGUGAAAUGCACAUUCGAAGAAAUUUAAUGAUGAAAGAUCAUCGACUGUAUACAUGUAUUAUAGCGAAUAUAGUGUUCUUGUGCGCAUAACUUAUAUCGUACCGAUUUUAAUAAUUUACGUCGAAGCGUAAUAAAUUCAUUUACAAAACUUAAUUGAUCCUGAUGACGCACGAAACAGAAUGAGAAAUAUAAAAAGAAGUAUUGAUGAUUAAAAGGUAUAUGAUACGGAUAUGUAUAUAUAUUAAAAGUUCUAAAUAAGAUCGAAAUAAAAUACAUCAGUCUUUUAUUACAUCACUUUAUUUAAUGCGAAUACGAUCGUUUAUCGUAUUACUUUAUAAUGAUUAUUGUUAUGCACAAUUUGCACAAUAAUCUCAUUUGUAUAUAACAACAAUAUAAAUUACGCUGUUUAUAAAUUAUGCUUAUCGAAAUAAUGUAAAUAACUAUCACUAAAUGGAAAUAAUUAACUAAACUAAUGCGAAACUAAAGUACGAAAAUUCUACACGAAAUUGAGAAAAAGUGUUCCUUCUACUAGAAAAUCGAUUAAAAGGUAUUUAUAUCAACAUGUAACUAUUCUUUUUUAUCUCUAGUUUCGCUUGUUGCUUGUUUUCACGUUGCUCUUUGAUGACGCUUUAAUUAUCGUAUAUAAUUUUAAUGUGCCAAAUUCCUAACAAUUUAAGUUAGUCUCUCUACAUAUUAAUUUCUAUUUGCGUAAUCUUAAGAAAUUAUAUGUAAAUAUACGUACCGCACAUCGUUUCAAUUUUAUGUAAUGCAAGCCGUUGCAAUUAUCGUGAAAUAUGAUACAUGUAAAAACGAUUUUGUAAAUUCGAUUUUAUGUCGAAUCGUACGCGAAUCAUUGUAAAACUCGACCUGAAUUAAGUUCAGGUGUACGUGCAAGAAAAUAAAAAUAUAUAUUAUUUAUG